AUGAUACUAUCAUUUUUGAUUGUCAUCUUAUUAUCCGUACGCAUUGAAAAUGUGAACAGUAUUUUAAGACUAAGUGCGUAUCAUGCAGGUCUGGAUUAUGAAAAUUGGCUUACAGAAAGCGAUAAUAUAGAAUAUGACGCUGAUGAUCACCUGUCAAAACUAGUUGUCAAACGUCAACUAGCCGAAGAGGAGGCCUUAGAAGGCGAAGAAGAGCAACAAGAUAUAUUUACUAAUGAGACAUAUGAUUAUUCUUAUAAUAUAUCGGAGAAAGAUUUGGAUUUCAUUAGAGAAUACACUGUUCCAAAAACAUGGACUUGGGUGUUAAUAUUCUUUCACUGUGUUGUGUUCGUGGUAGGGUUACUAGGCAACGUUCUAGUGUGUGUAGCAGUGUACAGGAAUCACAGCAUGCGAACUGUGACAAAUUAUUUUAUAGUGAACUUAGCUAUAGCGGACGCUUUAGUGAUCCUGUUCUGUUUGCCAUUUUCGGUCGUUUGGGACGUCACGAGCACCUGGUGGUUUGGAACGGCUAUGUGCAAGAUUGUUCUGUAUAUCCAAAAUGUAUCGGUAACUGUGUCUAUUUUGACAUUGACCUUCAUAUCGAUCGACAGGUGGUACGCAAUAUGCUUCCCUUUGAAAUUCAAAUCGACGACUGGCAGGGCUAAAACAGCCAUCUGUGUCAUAUGGAUCACUACCCUCGCUUGCGAAAUACCGGAGCCAAUAUAUUUGAUUUCCAAACCGUACAACAAAAAAUACACCUACUUCACCCAAUGCGCGCCCAUUUGGAGUGAAGAAACUGACACCAUCUACAUGAUCGUCAAAAUGAUCGUCUUCUACUUCUUGCCUUUAGUUCUCAUGUCUGUAGCCUACACCCAGAUCAUCAGGGUGUUGUGGAGGUCAGGCCAUGCUCCACAACAAAGCACAAAUUCACAAUCUGAUUCAUCACGAUCAGGCCAAUCAGUAAACACCUUUGCCAUGAAUAUGAACGCUAGUACAGAAGGACAGCUGAAAUCCAGAAGAAAAGCAGCCAAAAUGUUGGUAGCUGUCGUCACCAUGUUUGCUUUCUGCUUUUUUCCCGUUCAUUUUUUAUCCAUAAUACGGAUCACAAAGAAAUUGAAGAACAGUGAACCAAAUAGAGCAUUUUCGUUAGUAUCCCAUUGGCUGUGCUACGCUAACAGUGCAGUAAAUCCCAUCAUUUACAACUUCAUGAGUGGUAAAUUUCGUCAAGAAUUCAAAUCUGCGUUCUUCAAGUGCAGCCAAGUGAACAAUUCCGAUCUCAACUUUACUAGGACCAGUACCUACAUAUACAGAUACACGACCACCAAUAACAGACAUAGUAGCAGAUCCAAAACAGAAAUGAUCCCUCUUAGCACUAUAAAAUAAUUAUAUUAUAUUUAAUACGAUCUCUUAAUAGAAUAAGUAA